AUGGUGCCUCCCGCGAUUGCCGUCGCAGCUGCUGCGGCUCGGCUCGCGCCGCCCCUCCUCGCCCUAAUUCUCAAUUGUCCCAUUCUUCCCUUCGGUCCCCUCGGUCCUCUCGCCCCCCGUCGAACCUCGCCGUUGCCGGAUCCCCGUUUAAAUUCCAGCCUAAACACAUUCACCGCACUUCCUUCCACUAGAACUUCGUUACAGUCCCGCUCGUUACAGUCUCGCGCUUGCAUGGCGCCUCCCGAGUCGCUGAUCUCCGCGGAAGCCCCCGCCAUCGGCGGAGACGGCGGAGACUCCGAGUCGCGCGCGAUUCCAUGGGGCCACCCGGAGCGGCUCGACCUGGCGAUGGGCUCGCUGGUGGACGACAAAACGCGGCUCCGCAAGGACGUGAAGAAGGCGCUUCGAGGACUGACGGAGGAGCAACGCGCGGCUGAAGAUGUGGCUGUGCAGCGCCACGUGUUGCAAGCUGAUUGGUUCAGAUCCGCCCAGCGCGUGGCUGCUUACAUCAGCUGCCGGAAAUUACGGGAGGUGGAGACUGCUGACGUCAUCAGCGACCUGCUAGGAAGAGGAUCCAGUGUGUUUGUGCCACGUGUCAUGGACAGCGAGAGCCACAUGGUCCUGCUGAAAAUCAACUCCGUGCAGGUGGUGGGGGAGGGGCGGGGAGAGGGUAUUGGGAAGUGGGAGAACGAGCAGGAGCAAGGAGGUGCAGCAGCAGCAGAGGGGGACUUGGAGCGCAAUGGGAUGGGAAUGCUGGAGCCCACCCUGACCCUCGAAGAUGGACGGCCACGAUCCAACGUGUACAGUGAACAGGAGCCGUUGGAUCUGAUUCUCGUGCCGGGGUUGGCGUUUGAUCGCAGUGGUGGGAGGCUGGGGCGAGGAGGAGGGUACUACGACGUGUUUCUCUCGCAGUACAUGGCGCAUGCCCAGGCCAAACAGUGGAAGCAGCCGCUCAUAGUGGCACUGGCCUACAAGGCGCAGAUUCUCUCCUUGCCGCUGCCCAUGGAGACAUCUGACGUUCCCGUUAGUGGUGUCGUGUGCGCCGAUGGCUUCCUUGCACCGCAUUGA